CCAGAGAGUUCCUAGCGAGGAAGGAAGCGGUCGGAGCGUCGGAGGGGCAAGGGCUCUCUCUGGGCUUGGACGGGUGAGGCCGGGGGGGCUGGACGCUGCGGGACGCUGACCGCUGAGAUGGUGAAGGAAACCGGCUACUACGAUGUGCUGGGAGUCAAGCCCUGCGCCACGAUGGAGGAGAUCAAGCGCGCUUACCGGCGCCUGGCGCUGAGGUACCACCCAGACAAGAACCCCAGUGAGGGGGACAGGUUCAAGCAGAUUUCCCAGGCCUACGAGGUGCUGUCGGACCCCCACAAGAGGUCCAUGUACGACCGCGGUGGGGAGCGGGCCAUGAAGGAAGGCGGCAGGGGCGGCUUUGGACCCCCCAUGGACAUCUUUGACCUGUUUUUCGGAGGCGGGGCGCGCACACACGGUCCCCGCGUGGAGAGGAGAGGGAAGACGGCCGUCCACCAGCUGUCGGUGACCUUGGAGGACCUGUACAAUGGCGCCACGCGGAAACUCUCCCUGCAGAAGUCCGUCAUCUGCAAGAGCUGCAACGGCCGUGGAAGCAGGGAAGGGCUGGACACAAGGUGCCCCAAGUGCCACGGCUCUGGCGUGGAGGUCAUCGUCCACCAGCUGGGGCCCAACAUGGUCCACCACAUCCAGACAAUGUGCUCGCAGUGCAAGGGCCAGGGGGAGUGGCUGAGGGCGCUGGACCGCUGCCUGGCCUGCAACGGCAGGAAGGUCAUCCGAGAAAAGAAGAUCCUCAACGUCCACCUGGACAAAGGGAUGGCCGACCGGCAGAAGAUCACCUUCCACCAGGAAGGGGACCAGAUGCCCGGCUUUGAGCCUGGCGACGUCGUCAUCGUUCUGGACCAGAAGAUGCACCCCAUCUUCCAGCGCCAGGGCAGCGACCUCAUCAUCAAGAGGGAGGUGAGCCUGGUGGACGCUCUGUGCGGCUGUCGGCAGAUCAUCCACACCCUGGACAACAGGAAGCUGCUGGUCUCCUCGCGGCCAGGGACCAUCAUCAAGCCCGGGGAGGCCAAGUGCAUCCCCAACGAAGGGAUGCCCAUCUACCGAAAUCCAACGCAGAGGGGGAAGCUGAUCAUUCAGUUCCAGGUGAAGUUCCCGGAUCCCGGCUGGCUGCCCCCUCACCAGCUGCGCCAGCUGCAGUCCUUCUUCCCUCCCCGCGAAGAGGUGAUGGCCACAGAAGACACAGAGGAGGUGGAGCUGCGAGAGCUCUUCACACAACCCCACUUCCAGGAGAGGGGCUUCCACCACCAGGACGACUUUGAGGACCCCAUGCACCACAACGUCCAGUGCCAGACGUCGUAGCGCCGCAGACUGAGCCCCGGGGGGCGAGAGGCCUGGAGGAGCCACCGUCACACUGCCUGCCGGCCAGGGACAGCUCAGCCCCACUCCUGACCCUCCCUUUGCCCUGCUGGAUGUGCCUUCAGCCUGAGUUGAGGGGGGGCCUCGGGACCCCUCCUGGCAUAGGGCACCUCCCUGGCUUCCGGCGCCAUGGAGUUCGCCAUCAUUCCUGACCCCGUUGCCUUGUUCCCCCCAUUCUGGAAGGGGCAAAGUCUGGACAGUUUGUCAAAGCGGUUGGUGAGCCCCAGAGCGCUCCAGGAGCCCAUAGCGGGUGUGGGGUGGUAGAGUAGCCUGCGGGUGGGGGUCUUUCCUGGGAUGCUGGGCUAGGAGGCCAGAAAUAUCUCCUGUUUUCCCCCGGUUGGUGCGGCCACAUAACUCCCUCUCUCCUAGGGCACCUGAAAUUCAGAAUCCCAGAGGGAAGGAUGGGCUGCAGUCACUCUUGAUUCUGCAUCUGCUUGCCUCCUUGGCAGGUUUCUUUUGGUGCUGGGCCUUGGUGUGUAGAAUGAGGGGCGUCUGCAGUGGGGGGGGGCGUGGAGGAGGUAGCAGGCCUUGAGGGUGACUCUGGGAAGAGGCUGGGGGCAAACUGUACCCAAUCUCCUUUGCUUUCUGAACCUGUUUGGAGACACCAUUUGCACCCUUCUCUGGGGGUUUGGUGCUCCUGUUUACAUCGCAGGGGUUGGGCUUUCCUGAAGGUGGCGGGGUCCCACUCUGGCCAUUUCUAGGCCCUCCAAACAGUCGUGCCCUCCCCCUUCCACCUGCUGCCGUCCUCUAGAGGGUUGGCACCUCCCUGCCCAGUCACCAAACGGAAGCAGGUGAGGGUCAGUUUGGCAGCAGCUGAGCCCCACAUCCCCCCUGGGCUGGGACUCCUUACUGAGGCUGCUCCAGCCCCCAAACCUUGUCCCCCACUCUGGCUCCUGGACUGGCUGGAGCGGACCCCCCUUUUGGGGAGAAGCGACUAUUCCCAGUGGGAUAAUUUUGUAGGUUUCCUUACUCCAAAUAACGUGUGUGUAAUUUCAAGCACCCGAAAGGUCUCGCGACGACAGCUCAUACUUGCAAGAGACUAUUUUACAGGCGGGGAACUGAGGCCGGGGAGAAAAGGCUCAUGGGAAGUCUCUGCAGAAGGAUUAGGCUGUAUGUAUGUGAGGGGAAAGGGAUUUGGGGGUCUGUGCCCCCAUGUUUGUAAGAGGCUGGGGGUAGGGGGGUGGGGAUCAUUCAGGGCUUCUGGAAUAUCUUGCUGAAUGGUGAACGAUAGAGCACACAUGGGGCACGGAGGGUCUAAAUCUGUAGGCAAGCAGCUCAUCAGGAAAUCGGAACUACCUGGAAACAAGUUAGCUCUGUAUCUCAGUCUUUCUUUCUGUGUCCUGUUGUAGAAUAAAGAGGCAAGAUGGAUA